AUGCAAAACACUGCCCGGAUCGUGCGUCAGACCUGUCGAGCUACCCAUGCCUACAAUGUCUCUGCGGCGCUCUGCUCUGCCUUCAGCACCACAGCUACACAUGCAGCGGCCUCAGGCUCCUUCGCUAGCUACGACACCAUUCUAGAUCAGCUUAGCAGCCCCAAGCAUGUCAAGGAAAGCAAGACGAUAGGCUCCAGCAAGCAGCAACGGAUUACCAAAGUCGUUGAUCAGGGCCCUUCGCAAUCCCGAGGGCUACAGGCUCGACAGGAUGCGGUGGAGAGGCAGUUGAAGCAGUCUCCACCGUCAAAGGAGGAGCCGUUGCCAAAAGACGAGCCGUCGCCAAUAGAGGAGACCAGGAAUGAUCAGAAGGCGCACGUUUCCAUUCGGAAAGUGGGCAAGCUUAGGCGGAACCACUCCAAAGAGAACCGAGUAGUGGGCCGGCAGGAUGGAAGUGAUGAGCAGAAUGCCCUGUCCUCCAACCGAUCCACCAAACCUGUUCACGUAGAUGAUGAAGCAAGACAAAGAUGUGUGAGCCGGCUGAAGAACGAGCAGCCAAAGGCCGUUUCCGCUGCAGAGCAGACGGCUGGUGGUUGGAUAUCUGCCAUGCAUUGGAUAGCGAAGACGGUCGUGUCCAUUACGAAGGACAAAGGUUUUAACUGGAGAGAUCGCCAACUCGUUCGACAGGUUCGUCACCUGCUUGACUAUGACGCUAUCUCACUACCUCCGACCUCGACUCCAGUCCAGCAGGCAAUGCCUCUACCGUGGGCAUUGAGCGCGGAACAGAUAUCCAAAAUGCAACCCAUGGAGGUUCUUGACGAAGAGAUCAAACGAUUUGCCGUCUGGGCGCAGCCUUCGCCAGCCGAACAACUUGCUCGACAGGCCGUCGUUGACCAGACGCUGCAAUUCAUCAACCAGAAGCUCGAUCAGCGUGAAAUCAAGCUUCAGACCGAGAUUUUCGGCUCUGAAAGCACAGGUCUGGCUUUAGCAGCAUCGGACAUUGACAUUCGGAUCUUCGACGCCUCGAGCAGCGACGACGAAGGCCGGUACAGCAGUCUCAACGGUCCAAUGAGGCAGCUUUUGGUCGACAUGCGUAACAGCGGCGAGUACAUUUGUACUACUUUUCGUUUCGCGAAAUUCCCCAUCAUCAAUGCUCAGCAUCGUGCCACCGGCAUCGAUAUACAGAUCGUCUCAGCUCCUAGCACAGCCAGGCAAAAAGGUGUGACAGAUCGGUACUUGGCCGAAAUGCCGCGCCUCAAGGACUUGUACCUUGUCACCCGCACGAUGCUAGGCCAGCGGAACCUUGUCGACGUCUUCAACGGCGGUAUAGGAUCAUAUGGCCUCUUCGUAAUGCUCGCUGGCGCUUUGAAACGACGACAAUCACAUCCACCAACCUCAGCUGGAGAACAACUUCUCCAGUUCAUGGAGAUGUAUGGCCAAAAGCUCGACUAUGCUCGUUACGGUCUCACGGUCAACACUACACAGCCCUCUAAAACUUUCUUAAAACACCACCCUAAGCAUUUGCACUUGUCGCAUCAGCAGGCACAUAUCCGCGCCACCCAUCGUCGAGGUGAUGAUAUCCGAGCCGGGCAGUGGGCGAUAUGCACUACGCGACAGCUACAGCAUUACCUUCUGUGUUUGCAGGAUCCGGCCGAUCCGACGAACGAUUUGGGAAGGAAGUCUAAUGGCAUCAAAUUCAUCCAAGGAACGUGUGGUGCGCUGGGAGAGAAGUUAAGGAGUGGGUUGGCUAGUAUCGAGAAGGGCAGUGAUUUCGGAGGCAGUCUAUUAGAGCCCGUGGUGGGGAGAUGUCACGAGGGCUUGGCUGCGCAGAGGGAGAGACUUAGUGAAUUCGGUCGUGAAGUGGGUGGCGAGAAGGCUGGUCGACAAUUUGAUGAGAGUGGAGUCGCCGACGAGGAUAGUGGAAGCACGAAUGGGGUGACGAGGGGUACGCACGAUCGCAAAGAUUCAAUUCCGCAGAUGGCGAUGACCUCUUGA